UCCACCGCCAUACUGUAUUUUAUCCUAAAUCUCAUUUUUAUUCCAACAUUUUACUCCCUCUCGUGGAAGGUUUUUUCUGGAAAAAAAAAAAAUGAAGUGCGGUUUGGUUUCCUUGUCAACGGAGGAUGAAGUGAACAGCUGAGCAGCUCGCAGAGAGCAGGAUUAAAACAAGGUGAGCCAACCAUGACUGGCAAAACACAGACCAGCAAUGUCACCAAUAAGAAUGACCCCAAGUCCAUCAACUCGCGUGUUUUCAUUGGCAAUCUAAAUACAGCCAUUGUCAAGAAAGUUGACAUUGAAGCCAUUUUCUCAAAGUAUGGAAAAAUAGUUGGCUGCUCAGUUCACAAAGGUUAUGCAUUUGUACAGUACAUGAGUGAGCGGCACGCAAGAGCUGCAGUGGCUGGAGAAAAUGCCAGGAUCAUCGCAGGCCAACCACUUGAUAUCAACAUGGCAGGAGAACCCAAACCAUACAGACCAAAACCUGGAAAUAAGAGGCCCCUUUCUGCACUUUAUAGACUUGAGUCAAAGGAGCCUUUCCUGUCUGUUGGUGGUUAUGUCUUUGACUAUGAUUACUACAGAGAUGAUUUCUACAAUAGAUGUGUAGGUGACUUGGAAUUCUUCAAGACUGAGAGAUUUAUAAAUUCAGAAAAUGAGUACAACCUUCUAAAAUACAUCUGCUUUCAUACAACACAUAGAUUCAAAGCUCAGAAGAAGAAAUUGGAAGAGAGUAUAGAGCUGAUCCAAGAUGAAUGUGUGUCAGAGAAUGCAGAUCACUCUACAGAGGAGCCUGCUGAAGGAGGGCCAGAUGCCGAUGGAGAAGAGAUGACUGAUGGGAUAGAGGAGGACUUCGAUGAAGAUGGGGGUCAUGAGCUGGUAGGAACUAAACAUUUGGUGUCCACACCCUUUGGUAAUAGUACCAGCAUGUCAGCGACUCAUUCAUUCUAA